AUCUGGGCCGUUCGGUAAAGGCCAAAUCACUGGGAAAACAUAACGGUUCAUUAGUCAGACACUGCCGUAGGCUCUGUGUAAACAUUCUAACAUUUUAUCUUAUACAGUAUUUACACUCCGACGGUGCCGGUGCUCUGAAUCGACGUAAAAACGAAAUACUACCAUGUUGCUUGCUUUAAUUUUGUUCAAUUUGCUUUGGGUGUUUGGAGCCGACGCGGGAAGGCACCGCCGGUACCUCGUCUACCCUGACGGUGGCCCGGCCAGAGCACAGUUCAUCAUCGGUCUCGGUGUUCCCGUUGAUCUGAAAGAGCAAUCAGUGACCGUAGGUACAGUAAUAAAGUUCCAAUAUGAUUUGCCUACAAACAGUACUGAAUAUACAAGCAGGAUCUACGGUUUCGCUGAAACUGUCUCCAGAGACAUGGAUGAGGACACUCCGACGAAAGACGUCUCAAACGAAAUAGAUUCAGAUGAUUCGAGACAAUUGAGUGAGACAGAAGAUGCCGUAACGGACAGACCUGAGGGAGACAACGAUACGUUAGUCGAUGUGACUUUUGAUGACAACAGAAGAAAGAGGUCUUUAGUUUACUCUGAGGGUGGCGUACUAAUUACAGAUAGUACGACUAUUAAAAAUGAAAUGUCCUUAGAAGAUGCUAUUAAGAGACAAGAAAUGAUUGACCAGAAUGCUAUUGAAGAAGAAGAGGAACCUCAGAGGAUGAAUCGGUGGGACUUCUAUAAAGUGAUUGAACGUAUGGUUGAAAGGUUGGCCAUUGAAACUUCAGGUACGGGUAUUCAGGGCGUCCGUGCUUGCUUCGAACAAUCUGCGAGGCUGCCGAGGUACCAUUCACCCAUGAAAACGGCUUGCUCGGCGAAAUUGGACAUAUACUAUUCACGCCAUCAACAACAAAGGACACUCUAUCCCACCACACGGACAAUGAGUAUCAUGCUGCAGAGAGACUGGGCAGAGAGACGGGAGUCAGCUGUGAGGAUCUGUUCCCGGAGUGCGAGGGUUCGAUACUAGAAACCUUCACACAUAUUGGAGAAGAGACGCUGCAUAAGUUUGGGUUCUUGUAGAGAGUAGCGCGGAGAGGAUAAGGGACGAGGAAGCGGUUUGUGAUUGUACGUUCCUCUUAAGUUAGCAUGCGUUUUAAAGAGUAGAGCAAAAUUAACAUUUUAUUGGAUGGUUACAAAAGACAUGAAUGAUUUAAGAUGUUCCAAUACGAGCGAGAUAUUUUAGCAAUACCUAGCUUCUGUCAGCGGUUUCACCUGCGUCUCUUGGGGAUUACUAAAGGGGCAGGCAGUAUAACCUGAGAAAGGACAUAGACAAAUUUAUAUAUGGGAGCGAGAAUUUUGAUACGCAACCAGAACCAUAGAAC